AUGGACGGGUGGCACAACAGCUUCCCCGGCAACGGCAGGAAAGAGCUCAUGCACAGCCUGGGCGUGGGCGGCGGCGCCAAGGAAGCGUCGCCGCUGCCCGACCUGUGGACCGGCGGCCUCGUCUGCGCCUUCGAGUUCGUCCGCGGCCACGGCUUCGGUAGCCCGCCCAACCUCUCCCGGAACAACUCCUCGCAGUAUCCCAAGGACCUCUCAGCCAUGGAUCCCAAAACACUGUGUUUGGGGGACGGCGAGGAGCCGAGGCCACGGUGCAAGCAGCACGGGACGGCGUCGCCAGCGGCAGCGGAGUGCUACUGGGCGCCUAUCGGGUGGAGGAGGAUAACGGAGUUGGUGGAGAUGGUGGAGGGUGACUACGCGGCGUGGGACGGGCAGGGGAUGAGCGGCCUCAUGGACGGCGGCGACGACGGUCAGUGCUGCGACAUAACGGUCGCCGAUGUUGCCGCGCCGUACUGGCAGCGGCCGGCGGGGCCAACCUGGUGGUGCCACGUCACGGCAGGGCACCCGGCGGUGGACGCGUGGCUCGCCGGCGCGCGGUGGCUGCACCCGGCGAUCCGCGUGGCUCUCAGGGACGAGAGCAUGCUCAUCAGUGAGAAGAUGAAGCACCUGCUCUAUGAGGUCCCAGUUAGAGUUGCAGGAGGCUUGCUCUUCGAGCUAUUGGGUCAGUCUGUUGGCGAUCCAGCUGGUGACGAAGAUGAUAUUCCCAUUGUGCUCCGUGCAUGGCAAGCUCAAAAAUUUCUUAUAACAGCCCUUCAUGUGAAAGGUUCUGCGCAUAACAUUAACGUUAUAGGUGUCACAGAGGUUCAGGAGCUUCUUUCUGCCGGUGGAAGCACAGCUCCUAAAAGUAUUCAUGAAGUUAUAGCGCAUUUGGCCUCCCGGCUUGCUCGAUGGGACGACAGGUUGUGGCGCAAAUAUGUGUUUGGUGAAGCUGAUGAAAUUGAACUCAAAUUUGUAAACAGGAGAAACCAAGAAGACCUGAACCUUCUGUGCAUAAUAUUUAACCAGGACAUUAGAAGAUUAGCUACUCAGGUUAUUAGAGUGAAAUGGUCACUGCAUGCUAGAGAGGAGAUAAUAUUUGAGCUGCUCCAGUAUCUGAGGGGUAACACCACAAAGUCCUUACUUGAAGCUAUCAGGAAAGACACAAGACAAAUGAUUGAAGAGCAAGAGGCCGUCCGUGGUCGGUUGUUCACCAUCCAGGAUGUGAUGCAGAGCACGGUGCGUGCCUGGUUGCAGGACAGGAGCCUUCGCAUUACGCAUAACCUGACCAUUUUUGGUGGGUGUGGCCUCAUUCUGUCCAUCAUCACCGGAUUGUUUGGAAUCAAUGUCGACGGGAUACCGGGAGCUAAAAACACUCCUUACGCUUUUGCAUUGUUCUCUGGUCUGCUCUUCCUGAUAGGGGUCCUGUUGAUCAUUCUCGGGAUCAUCUACUUCGGGCUGCAGAAACCAAUCAGCGAUGAGCAGGUGGAGGUGAGAAAGUUGGAGCUCCAGCAGCUAGUCUCCAUGUUCCAGCACGAAGCCGAAACACAUGCCAAAGUGAGAGAAGGCGUCUUGAGGAGCGACUUGCCUCCUAAAGCUGCUGAUCUCAUCUAUGAUAAAGUGCGUAAACUUGGAAGGUACUUCUCAUUCAAAGCGAAGAGUGAUCCAGCGCUCCAAGGUUACCACUUGGUUUCCCUUUGCACCCUGUAGUAGCAUGAUGUGAGAGAGGAACAACUAGGAUUGCGGUAGGCUCGUCGCAACGUACCCAACUCUGAAGAAACUAUGGGACGUGUUGCAGAUCAGGGCUCUUUUCAGGGGACCUGCAAGCUGAAGAUGCUGUAAAGUCUACGUGAACGAGGUAUUACUAGCUAUGGAUGUAGUGUUUUGUUGGGCAAUCAUUCUCAUCAUGAUCAUUGAUCAGGUGCCACUCACAUGGCUAGAGCAUAG